AUGGCCGACGUCCCCGUCAUUCAGUCCGAGGCGUCGUCGUCCGUUCUUGCGACAGAAAUCCAGUCGCUCAACUGCCUUUCGAAAAGACAACGGAAGAAGCAGCUGAAGAGGGAACGUUGCCUGGCGAAUCGUCAGGAGAAGAGGAAAAUGGAAAAGCUUAAGAGAAAGCUGCGUCAUCGACGGGAGGUCGAAGCUGGCACGCCGAGGAGUGCUCCGUCGAGGAAGCAGCUUAAACAAGUAUCCAUGGCCUCGUCGCCGAACAAACAACGUCUGGUCGUGGACAUGGCUUACGACGACCUGAUGACCGACAAGGACAUCAGCAAAGCGGUCCAACAGCUCAGUUACUGCUACUCUGGCAACCGGCGAUCUCCAACCCCUCUACAAUUCUUCAUAGCCAACUUCAACGGUAAAAGCCGGAUGCUGUUCGACGGAAUAGAAGGUUAUAAUAACUGGGACGUUAACAUAAGGCGGGAGGAUUACGCGGAGCUGUUCCCGAUGGAAAGCAUAGUUUAUUUGACGAGCGAGUCGCCGAACACAUUGGAAGAGCUGGACGCAGACAAGGUUUACGUCAUUGGAGGACUAGUCGACCAUAACCACCACAAGGGCCUGUGCCUGAGGCUGGCGGAGGAACGAGGAAUCUCACAUGCCAGGCUGCCCAUCGACAAACACUUGCUGAUGUCCACCAGGAAAGUGCUUUCGAUUAAUCACGUGUUCGAAAUCAUCCUCCACUACACCGAGUCGCGCGAUUGGAGGAAUGCUCUGCUGAAAGUGAUACCGAAGCGCAAGAACCCGGCAUUAAAGCCUAGUGAUCAGCCUAGACUGGACGACUGCAACGGUGAAAAAGAUUCUGCGACUAAGCGUGACUUGAAAAAGAACAAUUCUUCUACUUCUUGUUCUUCUACGGUUGACUCAUAA